UAUAAUGUACAGGGGCUGUCAGUGCAUAACUGCAGAGUUGCAUGAAUCCAUAUCUAUUGAGUUUUUUUGGUCUACAUAAGCAGCUUUGGACUUAAUAACUAGUGCAAAGAAUUGUGAACAAUUUGUAUAGUGUUGGCAAGAUUACCUGAGAUGCCUGAUGUAGACCAAAGUGAUGCAGGAGUUAAAGCUAACAGCAUAUCUAGUGUCUAGCCUGCAAAGCAUUAAGGAAUCACUGGGGUCAUGUCAAGCUCAGCCUAUCGAUUUGUUUAGCUGUGUUAUUACCAGAACGAUAAGUCUGCAGGGCACAGCGAAUAUGGCUUUUCUAGUUGUCCAAUGAGCUGUAUACACAGUAGGAAGAUUGCAAACAAGAUCAGCAACCUGUGAUUCUACCCUGAUACCCUGGUGUCAUUUGUCCUUGAGCCUUUAUGAACAGUGACUUUGCAGAAGUUUUGGAAAUGACAUGAAAAAAAAACCUUUUAUUAACCUUUUGCCAAAAAAGCAAGGAUGGAAACCCCCAAAGUGAGUUAUUAUACAUACUAUUCUUGCAGUAUGAAAUAUACUGUACCAGUAGCAGUCAGUCACUUGUUAAUUUUAAUCACCUCGCUCCAAGUUACAAGAUGCUAGCAAAGACCUGAUAAUGAGAGAGAACAUGCAAACUGCUUGCUGAUAGACGGAAUCAAACCCAGGACAAGGCUCCAAUAUACUCUGUAUACUUCACCAACAUGUUUUGUCACAAAUAGCAAACAGGCAGUAUACGACUAAUAAAUGGUAGCAUAUCAGGAAGACAUAAAAGCAAAUUUCUCACUAUACAAAGCUAAAAUCUUAGCAUAUUGCAGUAACAUACGGGCAAAUAACUAACAAAUACAAAAGGUAUUAUAAACAAACUCAAUGUGCAGAACUCUUUAUUGUGGAUAAUUAAUCCUUAUUGGAGGCAAUAUCUCUUUAAUUAAUGUUUAAAUUAUUUUUCAGCAGACUUAAGGUGGCCAUACACGCUACAAUUAUAGUCUUUCCCACGACCAUUGGUCGUAGAAAAGAUCAUUCAUCCACUCUACCCACGUUAAGAGUUGAAUCGUCAGAUAUGCAGAUUUACCGGCGUUGCUGGCUGGUAUUGAGAAAAUCUUCCAGCAAAGGCCCCUGGCGUCUUGAAAAAUACCCUGAUGAAAGGUCUGUGCUUCUGAAAGCCUCCCCUAAGGUAACUGAGAUCAGUAAUGUGAAGUGCAUCAUGCGGCUCCCAAAGGAGACCAAGAGGCAAGCAGUUGCCAUAAUAUUUUGUGAUGAUUUGGCCCGUACAUUCACAUGUGAUUCAGAGCUGGAAGCAGAAGAGUGGUACAAAGUUCUGUCUAUGGAAUGCCCAGGAACUAGAGUGACCGAUUACAACCUAGGGGAACCUGAUCUGCUGACGCCAGGUGUACAAAGUGAACAGACAGAGCGAUUUAAUGUGUUUUUAUUGCCCUCUUCAAACUUGGACGUGUAUGGAGAGUGCAAGAUGCAAAUAACCCAGGAAAAUCUCUACCUCUGGGACCCACACAACCCUCGCACCAAGCUGCUUUCUUGGCCUCUCUGUGCUCUUCGCAGAUAUGGAAGUGAUUCCUCACGGUUUACUUUUGAGGCAGAAAGGGUGUGUGGAAUCAGCGAGGGUCUGUACACAUUCCAGACUCUGGAAGGACAGCAGAUCUAUGAGCGCGUGCACAAGGCUGUCCUGGCUUUGGCGGAACAGCACAAGAAUCUUCUCCUAGAAAUGGAAAAAAACUCCCGCCGUCUAAACAAGGAUGCAGAAAACAUCACCUACCCAUCUCCUACCACCUCCAUGCUGCCCCGUAGUGCAUACUGGCACCAUAUUACCAGUGGCCAGACCAAUGCAGAGUCUUCCAGCAACAUUCGUGUACCAAGUGGUAGAGAAUCAGAUCCCAUCACCAGACGGAUGUGUGAUCGGAAGACUUCAGCAUGUGAAAGGAAGCUCCCCACUUCAGCCUCUCAGUGACAAAGUCUUGUCUUUACCCAGCCUAAUCCAAACCUAAAGGGCACUGAAGGCUUGGUGAACAAGAAGGAAUUAUAUGACGCUGUACCUGUACUACUGAAGAGUUGGCCUACAUGCCCUUAUUGGCUUUUUAGGAAGUAGGAGCCUGAAAGACAUAUAGUGUCUUGCCUUUCUUAGAAAGAAGUCACUAAUUGCUCUGAGGUUUCCUACCAAGAAAGGACUGCAGUUUGUGUAUGUCUGCACAAUAAAGACAAGGUGCUCUGAAAUGACCCCAUGUAGCAGCACCACUUCCUGACUAGAAGAAAAGGAGAGCAUGUAAGACAGGGAAGUGCAGGGGAUGGAAAUAUCAUUUCUGUAAAAAGCUAAUUUUGCACUUAAAAAAAAAAAAUAACAACCAAAAUGAAUUGCACUGUGUCAACAUUCA